UCCAAGGAUGGCGAUGUUCUGAUUUGAUUACCUUCACAGAUAAUUGCCAAUUGUCCCUUAAAAUGGACAUGGGGAAUACAGAGUCAGACACAACACCCGUAAAUGCUGAAGGUCAGGGAGGAGAUCAACAGUCUACUGUGAAUUUUGAAAAUGGUUUGAAUUCAGGUGAGAUAAGAAUAUCAGAGGCUCAUGAAGUUAGUGCAGUUUUAUCAGAAAUUGUUGAUUUAACAAAAGCCAAUGAAAGUACACUGACUCAAGUAUAUACUGAUAAUUAUAAAGAUUCAGUGGCACAAGAUGAUAUGUCCAGUCUAGUCACAGCUAGUGGUGCUGAUAUUAGUGAAGCUAGAGCCAAUAAAAGUUCACUGCCUGAAGUUCCUGGUGCUUAUAUUAUUGACGCUACAGCCAGGAAAAGUUCACUACAAGAAGUAGCUGAUGCUGAUAAUAGUGAAGCUAGAGCCAAUAAAAGUUCACUACCGGAAGUAGCUGGUUCUGAUAAUAGUGAAGAUAGAGCCAAUAAAAGUUCACUAGCGGAAGUAGCUGGAUCUGAUAAUAGUGAAGAUAGAGCCAAUACAAGUUCACUACCGGAAGUACCUGUGGCUGAUAUUAGUGAAGCUUGUGCCAAAAAAAGUUCACUACCGGAUGUAGCUGGUGCUGAUAAUAGUGAAGCUAGAGCCAAUACAAGUUCACUCUCUGAAGUACCUGGUGCUGAUAAUAGUGAAGCAAGUGCCAAUAAAAGUUCACAAUCGGAAGUGGCUGGUGCUUAUAUUAGUGAAGCUAGAGCCAAUAAAAGUUCAAUACCGGAAGUAGCUGGUUCUGAUAAUAGUGAAGCUGAUGGUGAGUGUUAUGUUCAGUCUUGUCAUGUGAAAGGGGCCAGUGAGGUUGAUAAAAGUGAAUCAAUCAGCACUACAGAAAGUCCAAUUACACAAAUAUCUGCUGCUGCUUCUAAUGAAUAUAACAAUCAUACCUUAAAAGAAGAUGGUUGGUCCUUUCAAGUGAAAGUUGCCAGUUUUACUGAUAUAUGUUCUAGUAGCGACACAACAAAACCAGAGGAAAUUCGUCUGGUUGAAAAGUGCCCUGAUAUUGAUGGUCAAGUCAAAGCUGAACAAGGUGAUCUGAAAGGUGAUCAGGCUAUUGAUGCGAGCUGUUCUACUUCAAUAAAACAUCAACAAUGUCAACCAUGCUCUUUUGAUGAUGAAGAACGGGAAGCUAGUGGAUUUUGUGUCAACUGUUUAGAAUAUAUAUGCAAUGACUGCAGUCGUGAUCAUCGAAGAAAUAAAAUCACACGAGAUCAUGUGGUUUUAAAGGGAGAUGAAAUGCCUGAAGAUUCUACACAGUUUGCUAAAAUUAAGGACUUAAUGAAAUGCCCACUUCAUGCUGAAAAUGAUAUCUCUUUUGAAUGUAAAGAUCAUGGGAAUUUGAUCUGUGUGUCAUGUUUUACCGAGAAUCAUAGAAAAUGUGAACAUGUGCUUGAUAUAGCAGCCAAUGAAGAUGCCAAACAAUUUAUGAUGCAAGCUCAAUUAAAUCAAUUUGAGGUUUUGAAAACGAAGUGCAGAAUAUUGGCUGAAAAAAAGGAAUGUGACAAAAAUGUGCUCAUUAAAGAGCGUCAGGAAUUGGAAGACAAAGGGCGAGCUCUUGCAGCUGAUCUAAGAGAACAUCUAGCGGGAUUGGAAGCUCGAUUUGAGAAAAAACUUGGAAAUCUGUUUCGCUUUGAAAUAUUUAAAUUAUUGAAGGAGACAGACAUGAUUACCGAACAUCAGAGGACUUUGGAUGAACUAAAUAGAUUGGUUGCAACUGUUGGAAGACAUGGCAGUAAGAAAGAGGUAAUUAUUGUUAAUAAGUACAUCCAGGACAGGCUAAAAAAAUGUGCUGAAGAACUAGAUCAAUCAGAUGGUAAGGAACAAAGACAUAUAAAACUGACACAAACAUUUGACAAAAAAAAAAUAACUUCCUUGGCUACUUUGACACUUAUGAAUGAAUCUUUAGAGCAGACGCAAAACAGUAGUGAUAUUUUUCCUGAUGCAUGCGGUCCUGAUGUCAAACAUCUAAAGAAAGAAAAAGAGAAAAAAGAAGGUAUGCAUGUCAAAAAGAAGCCCAAUAAAACAAAUGAUGAAGUUCCAAAAGAAGAAACAGAGAAUAAAGCCAAUCCCACCAAAAAGGUGUCAAGAAAAAAGAACAAAGGCGCUGGCAGUCAAGGUUCCUCAAAGCAACAAACCACACACAUUCAGACCAAUAAGAAAAGUACUGGUAACAUUUCCUCAUAUAUACCUAGAGAUUUAGAACCUACGGAGAAAACAUCUCCAGAUCCAAAUUUGUUCAUGAAUAAGUGUCUUGAAAAGAAGUCCUUCAAUAUAAGAUAUAAAACAAAUGUUGGAACAUGUUACAUAAUUGAUUGCACUAUGCUGUCUGAUGGACAGAUGGCAUUUCUUGACUAUGAUAAUAAGUCGCUAAAGCUUUGUUCCCAAGAUUUUGUCAUUAAAAUGAUGUUAGAGUUUAAUGACAGACCAGUUAGUAUUUGCAGUCAAUCAAAGAUGGAUGGUGACACUUCAAAGAUAUUCAUAAGCUUUGCAAAUAGCAAACAGAUUUUACAUUAUAAGGUCACACCAACGGCAAUGACAAAAGCAGGAAGCUUUUCUAUUAGUUUAUAUCCAAUAUGCAUCAGAAUGGUUGAUGAAAGUUUACUGGUCCUGGCAUCGGACAGAAAAAGACACAAUUAUUCCGAUGGAUUACCUGAAGAUACUGUUGUAAUAAGUUUGCGUGGACAUAAUGGGAAAUUAAUUAAGGAGAAAAAGUUAAACCUCUCAGAUUCAAAGGUUAUUUUAGUUUCUGGGUCAACCCUUAUAUCAGCAGGUAGGGUCAUUGCAGGUCAUCACUUCGAUCCUCAGUCGGACGAUUGGAUUGGAAAGCAGAAAUGGGUUUUGUCGACAGAUCAGCUAGCACCAUAUGUUGAUGUAGAUACAAAUGGGAAUGUCUAUGUUUGUAGUGCAUACACUGAUGUUGUUCAACAAGUGAUGGUUUCUCAAAUUCCACCAUUUUUUAAUAGGGCCUUUCUUUCUGGUGUUAAGCAAGCAACUUGUUUGUUUGUUGAUUCAGAAAGGCAAAGGAUAAUUGUUGGUGCAAAACUCGAUGAAGUCGAGGUGUACACUUUUUAACAUUCUUGUAUAAAAAAUUGUUUCAUUAUUGCUAUGAAAUUUCAGGGUUUUUUCACUGUUAUCAUAAAGCCAGGUGCCAUUUGUAUAAAUUUUGUAGUAAUGGAAACAUUUUCUUCAGUUAAAAAAAUCAAGAUAUUUGUAAACUUUUAACUUUCAAAAAUUGAAUGCAUUUUCAUCAUUUGGCAUGUUGUAAACUGGAAGCAUAAUGAUUUUUAUGUCCCCCACUAUAGUAGUGGGGGACAUAUUGUUUUUGCCCUGUCUGUUGGUCUGUUGGUCUGUUUGCGCCAACUUUAACAUUUUGCAAUAACUUUUGAUAUAUUGAAGAUAGCAACUUCAUAUUUGGCAUGCAUGUGUAUCUUAUGAAGCUGCACAUUUUGAGUGUUGAAAGGUCAAGGUCAUUCUUCAAGGUCAGAGGUCAAAUAUAUGUGGCCAAAAUCGCUCAUUUUAUGAAUACUUUUGCAAUAUUGAAGAUAGCAAUUUGAUAUUUGGCAUGCAUGUGUAUCUUAUGGAGCUGCACAUUUUGAGUGUUGAAAGGUCAAGGUCAUCCUUCAAGGUCAGAGGUCAAAUAUAUGUGGCCCAAAUCGCUUAUUUUAUGAAUACUUUUGCAAUAUUGAAGAUAGCAACUUGAUAUUUGGCAUGCAUGUGUAUCUUAUGGAGCUGCACAUUUUGAGUGUUGAAAGGUCAAGGUCAUGCUUCAAGGUCAGAGGUCAAAUAUAUGUGGCCCAAAUCGCUUAUUUUAUGAAUACUUUUGCAAUAUUGAAGAUAGCAACUUGAUAUUUGGCAUGCAUGUGUAUCUC